UGUGUGAAUAGACAAAACUAUGGAGACAAUUUAUUUGUUGUAUAUUUACUGUUUGUGAAAUAAAAAUUGGUAUUACCGAAAAGUGUUCUGGUGUCACUUUCGAUUUCAAUACAUAAGUUGGCUCUAGAUCUACAUUAGAUCUAAAACUAUGGAGGAACGGAAAAAGUUGUUUUGGAAAUUAAGUGCCUUUGGUAAAUUUGAUCUCAAAAGAUUUGGAAAAGAUGCAGAGCGAUUAAAGCUUAUUCAAUCAAAGCCUGCCCAACAAAAUGAAACAACAAAUAAUGGCACUUUAAGUGCGUCUGUAAAAACAUUACCAGAAACAGCGCAAGUCGAUGAUCAAAAGAGCACAAAAAAAAAGAAGAAAAAAGGCAAGAUAACAGCAUCUAAAAAAAGGGCUUUACUCGAGGAGGAAAUUCGACAUUUAAGAAAUGUUCAUCAUAUCCACAUCCAAGGUUCUGACAUUCCAGAUCCUCUCAAAGAUUUUGCAGAGUUGAAAACUUCCUAUGGCGUUAAGGAUGUUAUUUUGACUAAUAUAGAAAGCCAGGGGUAUACAGAACCUACUGGUGUGCAGAGACAAGCCAUUCCUAUCAUGAUACAGGGGAGAGAUUUAAUGGCAUGUGCCCCCACAGGUUGUGGAAAAACUGCUGCAUUUAUAAUACCAAUUUUACAUCACUUAAAAGAACCUCAGAAUAAUGGGUUCCGUGCACUAGUGUUGGCACCAACUAGGGAGUUGGCCAAACAGAUAGUCCGUGAGUUUAGAAAGUUGUCCAAAGGGCUAGGGUUAAGAAGUUGUUACAUUGAAAAAGAAUCAACAGCAAUAAAAAAAUCUAAUCAGAACUUUGAUAUUCUAGUUUCCACACCAAACAGGCUGGUCUACUUACUGCAACAGAAUCCUCCAUUACUUGAUGUCAGGAAUGUGGAAUGGCUUGUUGUCGAUGAAUCAGACAAGUUGUUUGAAGCAGGCACCAGAGGGUUUAGAGACCAGCUGGGAGCUAUAUACAAGGCCUGCAGUUCUUCUAAACUCCACAGAGCCAUGUUCAGUGCCACAUUUGCUCAAGAUGUAGAAGAGUGGUGUAAGCUGAACUUAGAUAAUGUUGUACAAGUUACUAUUGGUGCCAAAAAUACAGCUAUAAACACAGUAGAACAGAAAUUACUUUUUACUGGAGAUGAAUCUGGAAAGUUAAUUGCAAUUAGAAAUUUAAUCAGAGAAGGGAUUUCCCCACCAGUGUUAGUUUUUGUCCAAUCAAAAGAGAGAGCAAAGCAUCUGUACACAGAGUUGAUGUAUGACAACAUUAAUAUUGAUGUCAUCCAUGCAGACAGACCCCAGGAACAGAGAGACAAAGUGGUCAAAAACUUCAGGCUGGGUCACAUUUGGUUUCUCAUCUGUACAGAACUUAUGGGCCGAGGCAUAGACUUCAAAGGAGUUAACUUGGUCAUAAAUUAUGACUUCCCAACCACAGCGAUCAGCUAUAUUCACAGGAUAGGAAGAACAGGCAGAGCUGGUAGGACUGGAAAAGCUAUAACAUUUUUUACUGAAAAUGAUAAACCUAACUUAAGAAGCAUCGCCAACAUGAUUCGUCAAGCUGGGUGCCCUGUUCCUGACUAUAUGAUAGCAAUUAAAAAGCCAGGAAGGAAAGAAAAGCGUCGCCUGGCCAACCAUGUACCAGAAAGGCAACAAAUUCUCACUAUGGACCCUAGAGACUAUGAAAGAUUACAGAGAAAAAGAAAGUUUCGACACCAGAAGCAAAAAUCUUUGAAAAAGCCAAGACUAGGACAAUCUGAUGCUGACCAGAGUCAAACUGGAAAUUUAAAAAAUACAGAAAAAUGAUAGUCAGGAAUUAAUUUAUGUUGCUGUCUGUGAAAUCAAUUUUUAUUCAAUGUACAAAGUACUAUAUUCCUAAAAAAGUCAUUUUACAAAAUA